UUCCACCCAACACAAUAUUUUAUUUUAUUCUGUAAGUCUCAACUUCAUUUAUUCAGAGUAUCUUGAAUUUUAGUAACCUAUGUGGUUGGGUUAAUUUAAUGUGGUUUCUCUAAUAUGAAAUUUUAAUCAUUAAGCUUAAUAGGAUUUGACAAGCCGUUGUAAUAAUAAUGCUUUCUCUAUUAUGAUCUCUCUUCUCUCUCAUGAUUUCUUACUUUUUCUAUUCGAACCCUUCACUGAACCCCAAAGCUUUCUUUGUAACUGUUGCAGGGAGACGAGGAUCUGAUGUUUGGCGAGGAGGGGUGGUUGAAAGGAGGAGUCGGAGGAGGAGGAGGAAAGACAGGAGGAGGAGGAGAACGAAUCAGUCCAAAAGCAACAGCCGUCAACGGAGGCCUACAACGCUACUCGACAACAACAACAGCAACAUCACGAACAACAUCACAAAGAAGAACAACAACACCGACCAAAGAGUUGUUGCAACAGGAGGAGGAAGAGGACGAAGAGGAGGAGGAGGAAGACGAGGAAGAGGAGGAGGAGGAGGAUGAGGAAGAGGAGGAGACCGGUAGGAGUUCGACGAGCACGGACGAAUAGGGAAGGAGAAAGCGUGGGAGGAGCCACGACAGUAAAACGAAAAGGAAGGAGAAGAAGAAGAUGGAAGAAUGUCAAGAAGAAGGAAGAGGAAGAGGAGGAGGAAGUGGAGGAGGAAUAUUUGAGGGAGGAGGAGAAAUAUUUGAAGGAAGAGGAAAAGAAAGAGAGAAAAUUAACGAAGGAAAACGAGCUAGAAGAAAGAAGACUGAGGACUAUAGGAUAUUAGAAAAUUGCGAAAAUUAUGAAAGAGAAGAUGAGAACAAAAA